UGUUUUGUUCUAAAACAGAGAAUCAAUACAGGGAGUUAGAGAACAGAGAGAAGAAACUAAAAACAACCCAUCUCCUUUCUUCCUCUGUUUUCCAAAAUCUCCUCCGUUUUAUUUAUUUUUUUCGUUUCUGUAGAUAUUUUUUUUUCUUUUCCCACAUUUUUCUCCAUUACCAUUCUCUCUCUAUCUACCAAUCGAAUCUCUCUGUCAUUUCCUCUGUUAAAAUCUCAAAUCCUUAGAAUUUUGCAGGACAUUGUUUGAAAUUGUGGUAUUAAUUGAAGAGCUGAUAUGUCGUGUUGCGGAGGUGCGGAGGAGGAACUCGACGGCCCGCCUGCUAAUCCAUCUGCAGCCCCACCUAAAGGAGGCAAUCCAUAUGGAGAUAGCCAGAGAGGAGAGCCAAAGAGUGCCAAUCCUGCCAAAAGUGGAGCUCCGCAAAAGAUGUUACCAAUUGAAGUUCCAUCUAUGUCAUUGGAGGAGUUAAACAGAUUAACCGAUAACUUUGGUUCUAAGGCAUUGAUUGGUGAAGGUUCUUAUGGCCGAGUUUUCUAUGCCAAGUUAGAGGAUGGUGGAGAGGCUGCAAUAAAGAAACUAGAUGCCAACACUUCACAAGAACCAGAUUCUGAUUUUGCAGCACAGUUAUCCCUAGUUUCAAGGCUUAAACAUGAUCAUUUUCUGGAGUUGAUGGGAUAUUGUUUGGAAUCAAAUAGUCGAAUCUUGGUUUACCAGUUUGCGACAAUGGGUUCUUUACAUGACGUAUUACAUGGAAGGAAAGGUGUGCAAGGGGCUGAACCAGGUCCUGUACUUAGUUGGAACCAGAGAGUUAAAAUUGCCUUUGGUGCAGCCAAAGGUCUUGAAUAUCUGCAUGAAAAAUGUCAGCCUCCUGUAGUUCAUCGCGAUGUUAGAUCGAGCAAUGUACUUCUUUUUGAUGAUUUCAUGGCUAAAAUUGCUGAUUUUAACCUGUCAAGUGCCUCUUCUGAUACUGCAGCUCGGCUGCAUUCAACAAGAGUCUUAGGCACUUUUGGUUACCAUGCUCCUGAGUAUGCCAUGACUGGACAAAUAACACAGAAAAGCGAUGUUUAUAGUUUCGGAGUGGUUCUUCUAGAGCUUUUGACAGGAAGAAAGCCAGUAGACCAUACAAUGCCUAAGGGACAACAAAGUCUUGUUACCUGGGCAACUCCAAGAUUAAGUGAAGAUAAAGUGAAGCAAUGUGUGGAUCCCAAACUAAAUAAUGAAUACCCACCAAAGGCAAUUGCUAAGUUAGCAGCAGUCGCAGCACUUUGUGUUCAGUACGAGGCAGACUUCAGGCCAAACAUGACAAUUGUCGUUAAGGCUCUGCAACCACUUCUCAACUCAUCAAAACCAGCAGGACCAGAAACUCCAGCAUAAAUUCAAAAAACGAAAUAGCCUAAAAAUUUCAGACAGGCAUUCUUAGAUUUAUGUAAUAUAUAUGCAGUUCUACGUAGUUCCCCUAUUUCGUCUGUUGUUUCUGCCACGACAUUGUCAUGGUUACAUAGACGGAUUAUACAGAGAGGGAAUUAUAAUCAUAAAUCUAUUUGAUACAGUUAAUAUGGGAUAAAAAUUUCAAUUAGUGUUUUUUUGAUAGAUUGUAUUUUUAGUUGUUUGGCAAAUACACAUUGCCAAGAUUGUAGUGCUCUUUUUGUUCUUGUCUCUAACCAUGUGAGAAAAAUGUUAUUGGGAAUGUUUUUAUACCAUAAUGACUAAUUUAUGUGGAUCCAAAUA